GCUAAAUACUCAGCCGGAGAACAGGUGCGUGCACGGACUCUUACGUUGCAUCUGCGUCAAAAAAAAAAAACCGAAUCGGGAACAUUGAUGGCGACUGGUCGCGUUCGCCGGUCUACUGCGGCUCAACCGGGGGCACAUCACAUCAAUGAGUCCAAACAGGUACCGCGGGAGGCUUUCCUGGACGGACAGCAUCACACUGCAUUGAGGACGACUCUGCAUUGAGAUGGACUGCAACUUCGGUGUCGGCGCGAGACGUUGUGCGUUCGCAGGAGCUAUUCGCCCAGUUUGAUUCGGCCACUAAUUGCACUGUUCAUCGGGUCAUGUUGUCUGCGUUCAACACGUUGCCCGAGAGGACGCCGGAACAGGUCACUGGUUCACUCCAUCCAUAAUUUGGGAUGACGCCUCUUAGUCACACCUGCUCUGUCUCCUCCCUGUUUCCUCAGCGAGUCUCCACAGUUCAAACGCCUCAUCAGCAGGCUGAGCGCUCCUGAGCACUCGCCGUGACAUUCCCUUUCCUGGCUGACGUCCCGGGGAGGUGAUGCGCCGGUUUGCCUACUGUAAGGUGGUGUUGACCACCUCUUUAGUGUGGGUGCUGGUGGAUGUGUUCUUGCUGCUCUACUUCAGCGAGUGUAACAAAUGUGACGAUCGGAAAGACCGCUCGCUGCUCCCGGCCCUGCGAGCGGUGAUAUCUCGGAGCCAUGAGGGUCCGGGGGAGAUGGGCAAGGCAGUAAACAUCCCCAAGGACAACCAGGAGAAAAUGAAGGAGCUCUUUAAGAUUAACCAGUUCAAUCUGAUGGCCAGCGACAUGAUCGCACUCAACAGGAGUCUGCCAGACGUGAGGCUGGAUGGCUGUAAGACCAAGCUGUAUCCGGAUGAGCUGCCAAACACCAGCAUUGUCAUUGUGUUUCACAACGAGGCGUGGAGCACCUUGCUGCGGACAGUUCACAGUGUCAUCAACCGCUCUCCCAGACAUUUGCUCGUGGAGAUUGUGCUCGUGGACGAUGCCAGCGAGCGAGACUUCCUGAAGAAGAAACUGGAGAACUAUGUGCGGACUCUGGAGGUGCCAGUGAGGAUCCUGAGGAUGGAGCAGCGUUCAGGUCUAAUCAGAGCCAGGUUGAGGGGCGCGGCCGCCACCAAAGGGCAGGUCAUCACCUUCCUGGACGCUCACUGCGAGUGUACUGUCGGCUGGCUGGAGCCCCUGCUGGCGCGCAUCAAAGAGGACAGGUCAGCAGUGGUGUGCCCGAUCAUCGACGUCAUCAGCGACGAGACGUUUGAAUACAUGGCAGGAUCAGACAUGACCUAUGGUGGAUUCAACUGGAAGCUGAAUUUCCGCUGGUACCCAGUUCCCCAGCGGGAGAUGGAUCGACGCAAGGGGGACAGAACUCUGCCUGUCAAGACUCCCACCAUGGCAGGAGGAUUAUUCUCUAUAGACAAAUCAUACUUUGAAGAAAUAGGAAGCUACGAUCCAGGGAUGGAUAUUUGGGGCGGAGAGAACCUAGAAAUGUCUUUUCGGAUCUGGCAGUGCGGUGGCUCGCUGGAAAUAGUAACAUGUUCUCACGUGGGCCAUGUUUUCCGGAAGGCCACCCCAUACAGUUUCCCCGGAGGAACGGGCCAAGUCAUCAAUAAAAACAACAGGCGCCUGGCUGAAGUCUGGAUGGACGAUUUCAAAGAUUUCUUCUAUAUCAUAUCACCAGGCGUGAUGCGGGUGGACUACGGAGACGUUUCUUCCCGUAAAGACCUCCGCGAGGCCUUGAAGUGCAAACCAUUUUCCUGGUAUCUCGAGAACAUCUAUCCAGACUCCCAGAUCCCAAGAAGAUACUACUCACUUGGUGAAAUCAGAAACGUUGAGACCAACCAGUGUGUGGACAACAUGGGAAGAAAGGAGAACGAGAAAGUUGGAUUUUUCAACUGUCACGGCAUGGGUGGAAACCAGGUGUUCUCUUACACGGCGGAUAAAGAAAUUAGGACAGACGACCUCUGUCUGGACGUCUCCCGCCUCAAUGGACCCGUCGUCAUGCUCAAGUGUCACCACAUGAAGGGCAAUCAGCUGUUCGAGUACGACGCUGAGCGACUCACCCUGCUGCAUGUGAACAGCAACCAGUGUUUGGACAUGCCGUCUGAGGAGGACAAGAUGGUGCCCACCCUGAGAGACUGCAACGGCAGCCGGGCUCAGCAGUGGCUGCUCCGUAACAUGACCCUGAGCGCCUGAUCCCUCGCCUCACCCCUCUCCCCCGCCUCCGCCACUCUGUCCUCAUCCUAACCAGCCCUGGCUCGCCAGGUGGCUCUUCCCACAGCACGCCAUACGCCUCUCCUGUCACAGCCUGGCCAGAGAAUACAAUGUCCAGGCAGCAUCAGCUUAUCUUCCAUUAUGGGAGCGACUCCUUUUUCAGCUCGCCUCAGGUGUGAGAGAAGCUGCACCUGCUGUUCAGGCGACACGACAAGCCGGGGCUUUGGGGACCUCGGCGUGUCCGAGCAGGGAGAACAACGUGUGAGGUCUGUGGAGAAACAUUGAAAUCAAAGCACUCUGCUGGCUGUGCGUCCAGUGUGCUGCUCAGACUGACGCUGAGCUGCUUGUCAAACAAUUAAAACAGAAGUGUAUCGAUAACGAACUUUGCCAGGAACAUCUCUGCGAUGGUGUACAUGACUUCCCUUGUGCUGUGGACACGCAGUGCACGGGCGUCCACUAAACAUGUAGGAACAAUUUCACCCUCUCUCCAUAUCAGUGUCUGAGUUACAUAACAGGAAGUGAUGUUGUUAUUAGAGCCCGACUAAUACUGGAAUUGUGAAGCUAAUACCGAUGUUGAUAAUUGAGUUGAGAUUUCUGAUACUGUAUGUGCACUGAUAUUUGGUUUUCAAACUGAAAGUUGAUGCAAGGAAAUGUAAACUAUAAGGAUAUUUCAUGACAUUUCUGUAUAUUUUUCCAUUUUUUGAAAAGAGGAUUAAACACUUCACAUAUUUGUUGAAACCGUGUCUAAGCUUGGAGCCACCGGCUGGGAGUUUCCCACAGCACCUGGCAACUGACAUUUUAGGGAGCGGUGAGGCGUUGUCAAUGUCCGUGAUGCGCUGCUUGCUGAGGAACGUCAUAAUCGGGUUUUUUUUUUUAACAAGCUCACAUAAUGUUAGCUAUCAACCUGAUUUAAGCCGCCUAUAGGAACCAUUUUGGGGGUUUUUAGAAACCAAUUAAGUACAAGUCGUGACGGAAACAAAUAACGUAUGUAAACUGAAUUAUUAUUUCAGGUUUACUUUUAACUAAACAAAUAACAUAACAAAUGCUUUAACAGGAUGUGUGAGUGUGUGUGUGUGUGUGUGUGUGUGUGUGUGUGUGUGCGUGCGCGCUUCUCAAUAGCUUGAGAACUAUCCAUCCGGUCUACUUCAAACUUGCCAGGUGUAUUACUGGACCCAAGGACAGGCGACAAGUUCAAUAUUAAUAAACUUCGAUUAAACAAGUGACACACAGCAAUGGCUGCCAUUCACUUUUGCUGCUGAAUGCUGGGUUCACUCUGAACUGAAAUCAUAUUCACUUCCCUGGAGUCAAUGAGCCACGAGCUCUGAACAGCCACGCCCUGAAUGGCCACUGCACUAGUUUAUCAAAUACCUCAAACAUGUCUUUGGCACUUCUGUACCACAGCUUACAUAUAGGCAGAUAAUACGAUAUCUAUGAUAAGAUGAUAUAGGCUGAUGUAUUGGUCGUGCUCUAGUCGUUAACGUGGAUUUCUUAAAAUGUUUGGAAAAAAUAUGAAUCUGAAGAUUUUAAACCAUCAUCUAAAAUACAUUAGAGUGCAACUAUAAAAUCCUCCUAGAUUAGUGGAACAUGAAUUACAGUAUGAAAAAGUGAGAGAGCUCUUUUGAUCAGUAAGGAAGAUUAUUAAUAACUAAUUGAUGGAAUGAAAGAAGCGGCUGCGGGAAAGGAAGUAGCAAGUAAUCAAGACUCUUCUCUGAGUAGAUCAAAUAGCAUUUGAAAUGUUUUCUCGAAAUGAUAACAACUGCGUUCUGAAAUACUUAAACUGCACUGCGUUAUCAUUACUCAAGUUUCUGAUUUCUGGGACAGAUAUUUUGAGGAAUCACGAUGUCUUUGAAACAGAAUAGUUACGUGUGCCUUUAGAAAGUUGUUUUGUAUUUGGUUCAUUGAUUUUUAGAAAAUGUUUGAUUUAUUUUGGUUUUGAAAAAGAAGAAUGUUCAUUUCGAGUAAAAAAACAAAAACAACGAACAAAAACUGUCAUAUCUCAUGAAUAUGUCACUCAUAUUGAUGCUUGAUCAAACAUUUAGUUACUGUAAAGUCAGUAUAUCAGCACUCGCCCAGCACACAUGCAAAUGUGACUUUUCACUACAUUGUUGAUCAGGCAACCAAUGUUAUUGUACAUAAUGCUGUUGACAUCUUUCUAUCACCAUUGUUAUUGUUGUACAUACAGAACCAAUUAUUUUUCUAAGAUGCUGUAAAACUUGAACACUCCUAACCAAGACACUGAAUGGUAAAGAGAU